AUGCCCCGGAUGGGGCCGCGGGCGGAGGGCGGGCAGGGGCGGGUCGGGUGGGGGCCGACGGGCGAGGGGAGGGAGAGGGGGCGACCGGGGCAUGAGCGACCGGGGGCAGGGGGGGUUGGGGAGGGGGGGGGGGGGUGGUGGCGGGGGGGAUGGGGCUGGGGGCGGGCCGGAGGGGGGCGAGGGGACGAGGGUGGUAGUUGGGGGUAUGGGGGGGGGUCAGAGGCAGGGGGUCGGCGGGACGAGCGGGGUACUAUGGGAGGGGGGCAAGAGGCGGUGGAGUGGGGGGGGGUUGUCUGGUGGCAGGGGGGGGGGGGGGCGGGGGAUGGAGGGGGGGGGGGAGGGCUCGGAGGGGAGGGGGAGAACGCAGACGGGGGGCGGCAGUAG